UAGUCCCCAAAUUCUGUUAAGCUUGAUAGCUAAUCACCUCUAAACGCCGUCCCACUUUAUAUUUUCCCUCUUUCUUAUAUCGUACCCUCGCUAUAACAUCAUAUUCCUAUUAUAUGCUGAAUUUAGAUCCAUUUUUGAAACAAGUAUACUAGCUUUCUCAUGAUAUGGCGAACCGAGUGUACUCUCUCAUUGCUGGCUCGCCACUAUCGGACCCUUUUCAGAACUUGCGCUCGAUAUCUAGCUUUGGACGUGGGACAAAAGCUCCACGCUUCCGUUGUCAACACAGGCCUCGAAUCCUUCCCAAACACAUUUAUCCGUAAUGCUAUUCUCCACAUGUAUGCAGCGUGUGGGUGUGUUCUCUCUGCACGCAAGAUGUUUGAUAAAAUUCCGCUAUCAUACAAAGACACUGUCGACUGGACAACAUUGAUGGGCUGCUAUGCACACGGAAGGUUGCCCCUUGAUGCCCUCAGCUUGUUUGUUGAUAUGAGGAAGAGCAACGUUCCGAUUGAUGAAUUUACUAUGGUUAUUGUGUUCCUUGCAUGCGCGAAAUUGGGGUGUGAUCAAUUUGGAGUUCAGGGACAUGGUUGUUUGGUCAAAAUGGGGUUUAGUUCAAGUAUUAAAGCAUGUAAUGCUGCUAUGGAUAUGUACGUGAAGUGUGGGUUAAUUGAUAAGACAAGAAGGAUUUUUAAUGAGAUGGGAGCAAAGAGUCUGGUUUCUUGGACUGUGCUCUUGGGGGGAUUGGUGAAGUGGGAAGGUUUGGAAAAAGCAAGGUUGUUGUUUGAUCAAAUGCCUGAGAGAAAUGAAGUAGCUUUGACAAUAAUGGUUGCAGCGUAUAUUGAGAACGGCUUAACCAAGGAAGCUUUUGGGCUUCUAUGUAACAUGGUAUUUGAAUCUGGAUUUGAGUUGAAUUUUGUGACACUUUGUUCAUGGUUAUCAGCUUGUGCACAGUCAGGGAAUGUGAUGUUGGGUAAAUGGGUACACAUGUAUGCUUUGAAGAUGAUAAAACAUGAAAUCGAUAUAAUGGUGGCAACUGCCUUGAUUAACAUGUAUGCUAAAUGUGGGAGGAUUGAUGAUGCUUUUCGAGUUUUCAAGGUGAUGCCUCAAAGGAACGUAGUUACAUGGAAUACCAUGCUAAGCGGACUGGCAAUGCAGGGAAAGGGAGAUAUGGUAUUGGAUUUGUUUGCUCAGAUGGUUAGAGAGGUCAAACCAGAUGAUGUAACAUUUACAGCUGUGUUAAGUGCUUGUAGUCACUCAGGUUUAGUUGUUCAAGGUCGCCACUUAUUCUAUAGCCUUGAAUCAUCAUAUGGAAUAAAGCCUUCUGUAGAGAACUAUUCUUGCAUUGUGGAUCUUUUGGGCCGAGCAGGACAUCUUGAAGAAGCAGAGUCCAUAAUCAGAGGAAUGCCGAUUGCCCCCAAUGAAGUUGUGUUGGGAUCACUAUUGGGGUCCUGCAGUGUCCAUAAAAACCUUGAGCUGGGGGAAUGCCUAAUGAAAGAGCUGGUCCAAAUGUAUCCUGAUAACACCGAGUAUCAUGUCUUGCUUUCCAACAUGUACUCUUUAGCUGGAAAAGAUGACGAGGCAGAUUCUAUUCGAGUAGUUCUUAGAAACAGAGGGAUAAGAAAAGUGCCUGGCAUGAGUUCUAUUUAUGUUGGUGGCCAAAUUCAUUGCUUCAGUGCAGGAGAUACAUUGCAUCUGCAAAGUCAAGAGAUAUAUAUGAUGUUGGAUGAGAUGAUUCAGAAAAUAAGAGUGGCUGGCUAUGUACCAGACACAGCCUGCCAAAAGUUUUCAGGAUCUGAUAAUGGUGGGUAUUACAGUAACAGCCAUGAGGAGAAGGAGCAGGCAUUGUUCACUCACAGCGAGAAGUUGGCUGUUUGUUUUGGGCUCAUAAGCAUACCGGCUGGCAUGCCUCUUUAUAUUUUCAAGAAUUUAAGGAUAUGCCGAGAUUGUCAUUCUGCCAUGAAGAUUGUUUCCAAAGUAUAUAAUAGAGAAAUUGUAAUAAGAGAUCGUAGUCGCUUUCACUGUUUCAAGCUAGGUUCAUGCUCUUGUUCUGACUAUUGGUGACAAGAGUCAAAAGGACGUCAAAUGAAAAGAGAAAAAUCUAU